AUGAGUCAUUUUACAGAAAUCAAUACUCAGGAAGAAGAACGAUUCUCCUUUGUGGAGUUUCCUGGUGGUGAUACACAAGCAUCCCAGUAUGAUUAUAGUGGAUUCACCGAGUCUGCUUUGAACUCGCAGCAAGUUGAUGACUUAAAUGAGGGAACUCAAAGUCAUUUCGUUGAACCUGAUAUGUCGGGGGUUGCGAUUGACGAACUUGAUGGUUUCCAAGAUCUUGCUGUCGUUGACAAAGAACUACAUGACCAUGCUUGCAGAUACUGCGGAAUCCACGCAGUUUCUGCGGUAGCUCGAUGCGUUACAUGCAACAAAUGGUUUUGCAAUUCUCGUGGCAACACUUCUGGUUCUCACAUUAUCAACCACCUCGUGCGUGCAAAACAUAAAGAGGUAGCGCUACAUCCAGAUUCAACUUUAGGAGAAACUACUUUAGAAUGUUAUAGCUGUGGCUGUAGAAAUGUCUUUCUUUUAGGAUUUAUCCCUGCAAAGAGUGACACUGUAGUAGUAUUGCUAUGCCGACAACCUUGUGCUGCAAUGCCUAGCAGCAAGGAUAUGAAUUGGGAUACAUCACAGUGGCUUCCUUUGAUUGACGAUCGUUGCUUUCUUUCUUGGCUCGUCAAAGUACCCAGCGAACAAGAACAACUCCGUGCUCGACAAAUUACCGCACAACAGAUAAAUAAACUUGAAGAAUUAUGGAAAGAUAAUGGAGAUGCUAAAUUAGAAGAUUUGGAUAAGCCUGGUAUUGAUGACGAGCCGCAAGCAGUUCUAUUAAGAUAUGAAGAUGCGUAUCAGUAUCAAAACAUUUUUGGACCUUUAGUUAAAAUGGAAGCGGAUUAUGAUAAAAAAUUAAAGGAAUCCCAGACUCAAGAUGACAUUGUGGUUAGAUGGGAUAUCGGAUUAAAUCAAAAACGUAUCGCUUGGUUCUACUUGCCUAAAUUGGAAUCUGGAGAGGUAAGAUUGGCUGUUGGAGAUGAGUUACGGCUUCGUUAUAGAGGGGAGUUGCAUCAAUCGUGGGAAUGCGUAGGACAUGUAAUUAAAAUACCAAACAACGUUAGCGAUGAAGUCGGUUUGGAGUUACGUAGAAAUGACAACACACCUACUGAUUGUACUCAUAACUUCUCUGUGGAUUUCGUAUGGAAAUCAACAAGCUUCGAUAGAAUGCAGCUAGCAAUGAAAACGUUCGCAGUUGAUGAAACUUCAGUUAGUGGAUACAUAUAUCAUAAACUUCUUGGUCACGAGGUAGAACCUCAAGUUUUAAGAACUCAAAUGCCGAAAAGAUUCUCUGCGCCCAAUCUUCCUGAAUUAAAUCAUUCUCAAGUCUACGCUGUCAAAAGCGUACUGCAAAAGCCUUUGAGUCUAAUUCAAGGUCCACCAGGUACAGGAAAAACUGUGACAUCCGCUACGAUCGUAUAUCAUCUUGCAAAGAUGAAUUCUGGUCAAGUACUUGUUUGUGCCCCCUCAAAUGUGGCUGUCGAUCAGUUGACAGAAAAAAUUCACGCAACUGGUUUGAAAGUUGUUCGUCUAACCGCAAAAUCACGUGAAGCUCUAGAUUCUCCAGUUUCAUUUCUUACUUUACACGAACAAGUGCAUAACAAUGAUACGAAUGCUGAAUUGCAAAAGUUGAUUCAGCUAAAGACUGAACAGGGUGAAUUAAGCAGUGCAGACGAAAAGAAAUAUAAAAUGCUUAAACGGGCUUGCGAGAGAGAAAUUUUACAGAAUGCAGAUGUUAUAUUGUGUACUUGUGUAGGUGCGGGUGAUCCUCGCUUAUCUAAGUUUAAAUUUCGAACUGUCCUUAUCGACGAAGCAACUCAAGCAACUGAACCUGAAUGUAUGAUACCACUUGUUCUCGGUUGCAAACAAUCUGUAUUGGUUGGUGACCAUCAACAAUUGGGCCCAGUGAUAAUGAAUAAGAAGGCUGCUCGUGCUGGUCUUUGUCAAUCACUUUUUGAGCGGCUUGUAAUUCUAGGAAUUAGACCAAUUAGAUUACAGGUUCAAUACCGUAUGCACCCAUGUUUAUCUGAAUUUCCUAGCAAUAUGUUUUACGAGGGAUCACUUCAAAAUGGUGUCACUACUCAAGAUCGCUUAAGAAAAAAUGUUGAUUUUCCUUGGCCUGCGCCUGAAACUCCAAUGUUUUUCCAUUCAAAUUUGGGACAAGAAGAAAUCUCUAGUAGUGGUACUUCUUAUUUGAAUCGUACGGAAGCAUCAAACUGCGAAAAAGUAGUUACGAAAUUUCUGAAAGCUGGUGUUCUUCCUGUUCAUAUUGGAAUCAUCACCCCAUACGAAGGUCAACGUAGCUACAUAGUUAGCUAUAUGCAACAUAGUGGCGCUUUGCGUAAAGAGAUGUACAAAGAGAUCGAAGUUGCUAGUGUAGAUGCUUUUCAAGGACGUGAGAAAGAUUAUAUUAUUUUGAGUUGUGUUCGCAGUAACGAGCAUCAAGGAAUUGGAUUUUUGAAUGAUCCAAGGAGAUUGAACGUUGCCUUGACUCGAGCAAGAUAUGGUGUUGUAAUUUUAGGGAAUCCAAAGGUUUUGAGUAAGCAUCCACUUUGGCAUCAUCUUCUUGCUCAUUAUAAAGACAAAAAGUGUUUAGUAGAAGGACCUUUAAAUAAUUUGAAAAGCAGUAUGAUUCAAUUUAGUCGACCUAGAAGAGCUUAUCGCAAAGACGAUAAAUUCAGACAAGGAUUAGCUCACCAAAUUGACGCAAGAGAAGCUUUUGCUAAACCUCCUUUGGCUAGUGAGAAUCGUAGAACUGGACGUUCUUACGACGUUGAUUUCAUGAGAACACAUGAUCCAGUCGGAUAUAUACCAUCUGAUAUGUCAACAAUGCCCUCUUCUCAAUUUAGCAUACCUUUGCUUCCGACUCCAAAUGGCCCAUUUACUCAAGAUUUAUCGCAAAGCAGCAUUACAAGUCGUAAAAAUUCAAAACAACAACAAAUUUCAUCUUAUGGAUCUUACACACAUUCAAUCUCUUCACAAGGCCCACUUACUCAAAAUGCUUACAGCAGUCAAGGGUCUAUGAGCAUUGCAUUGUCUCAGUCUGAUCGUAUUCGUAUGAUGGCGGAUUCUGGUCCUUCUCUUAGUCAUGGUUCAGUUUUAUCUCAAGAUAGUUCAAUAAGUGAAUAUUUGGAUGACUAUAAAAGUCAAGGAGAUGAAACGUUAUUGAGUCAAGAUUUUGAAAUUAAAUCUCAAGUCGGAUACCAAUCACAAAGUUUCACACAGUACUAA